AGCCAAUCACCUGUCAUGCCUGGAACAGGGAUCGUACAGAUUGCACUUAGCCCUAAUAACCACGAAGUCCACAUCUAUAAGAAGAACGGGAGCCAGUGGGUAAAAGCUCAUGAACUCAAGGAGCACAACGGACACAUCACAGGUAUUGACUGGGCUCCCAAGAGCGACCGCAUCGUUACUUGUGGGGCAGACCGCAAUGCCUAUGUCUGGAGUCAGAAAGAUGGAGUCUGGAAGCCAACCCUGGUAAUCCUGAGAAUUAAUCGUGCAGCCACUUUUGUCAAGUGGUCCCCACUAGAGAAUAAAUUUGCUGUGGGAAGUGGAGCACGACUCAUUUCCGUUUGUUACUUCGAGUCCGAAAAUGACUGGUGGGUAAGCAAGCACAUUAAAAAGCCAAUUCGUUCCACUGUCCUCAGCUUGGAUUGGCAUCCCAACAAUGUUUUGCUGGCAGCAGGAUCAUGUGAUUUCAAAUGCAGAGUGUUUUCUGCGUACAUUAAAGAAGUGGAUGAAAAACCAGCCAGUACGCCCUGGGGCAGCAAGAUGCCGUUUGGUCA